GUUCCCUCAAACUUCGUUUCUAUGGAGGACGCAGCCUGUUUGGGGGGCUGUGGGAGCCAGCAGGAGAACGAAAGCGCGGCGGCGUCAUACAUGUGCUGGAUAACUUCCGUGAUUCCCAGUUCUUCCUCAUCGGAGAUACAG